AUGUGCAUCAUAAGCGUCAUGUACGUUUUAGCGUCUCAGUCCGCUGGCGAGUUCGGGGAAACAAUUGGCGUGGAGCCGUUGGCUGAGUGCCUGCGACCAUCCGCAGCAUCAGCUCCGUCUGACUCGCCCAUCACAGCCCCGGCGCCAGCAGCAUGCGCAGUCACCGAUGCGGCACUAGCAGCCCUAGCGCCUGCUACAGGCGUGCAGAGGCGACGCAAGCACAAGCUACGGCGACGCUCGAAUAUAUCUCUGCACACGCGUGGCUCAGACUCAGGAUCAGACAAGGCAGGCGCGGGCAACCACCGCAUGAGUGUCUCAGCGUCCGACUGCGGUGCCUCCGUCGCGUGCUUGCUGCGCGGUAUCGUCAAAAGCUCUUCUUUCGCUGGGCACCCUCUAACGAUGCCUGAGCUGCCAGUCUCCCCAACAGCUACUCUAACUUGUCUACCUGACCACGGCUUCGUGUGCUGUCCCUCAGAUGUAACAGGAACUCAACGCCUAGAUAAAGUGCCAAAAUCCGUCCUAGCUAACGCCAAAACAAGCUGCCUUCUCCGCACCAGUGACGUGAACGUCCCCUUGCGUCCGCUCAGCUAUACCUUACCUUUAACUGUAUUGUCUUCCUCUAGUGAUCAAUCUGAUAAAUCUCUCCCUGGCAGCCCUCUGAAUAGUUCACUCAAAGAUACCUAUGGACAACAUUCUGGCCACGGACAUACUGGGUUCUCUUCCAAAGUGUCCUGUGACGCCGACCUUGCCGCUAACCAAGAAGAUUUGAGUUCGCAUUCAGAGCAAGCGUGGGACCCAUUCCUGGAGAACAAGUAUUUGAGCGAAAAUUAUUCUGAAGACUUGGAUACUGAAGCUGCCAAAAAAUUCCUGGAUUUCGGUGAUGAUUAUAGAAGAUAUAUUGACUCAGAUGGUGGAUCUUCAUUUUUCGGCGUGCCAAAACUCCGCAAUAUUAACAAGAGAGGAUACGAUCAAACUGGCUGUGCAAGUGAACGUAGUCUGCCAAGCAGUCGCAUUACAGAUUCCCUCGACAUCGAUGACACAAAUGAGCCCAUUGUAAAGCAACGCGACGAAAUCCCUUCAAAAUCCCCCGAGAAAUUCCAGAAAAGAGGAUGUGAGCAAAUUCCAGAGGACGUGAACGUGUCGGACGGAGUGUCGCAGUCGGACCAGGCCAGGUCACAAUGCAGUCAGGUUUCAGAAAAACGUAGCAAAACCAACGAUAAGUUAGAGUGCGGUAACAGUGAUCGCAGCAACAGAUCAGCUCGCAGGAACCGUGAAGCUGCAAGAGAGGAGCUGGACUCUGAUUCAGACAUCGAGGACGUCGUAAAUCUCAUCAAGGAAAGCCGCUCGCAUCUCGUGGUCGCUGAAAACGUCCUCAGCAAACACUCCGAUGAAGAGGCCUCUGUCCAUCUUAUGGACUAUGGCGAGGUUCUGUCACUUUGCUCUACCAACUUGACUGCCUUGCCUGACCUGCUGGCGCCUCUACAGCGCAGCGGCCGCGUGCAGCACCACAUCAGCGCUCUGAACGGUCUGAUCCAGAGAUGGGAGUCAGUACAGCAGCGCGCGUCAGCCCGGCAGCAGCAGUCUCAGCAGCUGCAUGCUCUGCACACGACCAUCAAGCAGCUGCACAUGAAACUGGACGCCCUACAGCAGCACUACACUGAGUCGGGUCAUGGAGCCUUGUCAGAUGGAUGUCAUUCCGCGUCAGCGGUCAGUGUUCCGUCUUCGGAGUCCGGCGCGAGCGCCGCCGAUGAUGCGUCACUUGGCACGAGGUCCGCCUCUACUUCUUCCCUCCUCAGCAAAGCCACCGCAGACGUGCACAGUUUACAGCAGCUCCGUGAUCGCCUCGCUAUAGCACAGGCGCGUCAAGACCGAUUGUCAGAGAUUCAGGAUGAGUUGAGUCAGCUUAGCCUCAACGUUCACCGUCACACGGUCGAUAAUUCGCACCAGUUGCCGAUGUUGCAAUACCAACUACAGCAUCUCUACCAGAAGGCAGAUCACCUUGCCAUGGAGGCAUGGAACAAACAAGCGGACGAGCUCCGUCGGUGCCUGCAGCAGGACGAUGCAGCCCUCAGUAGGUUGCAGCAUGCCGUGAAUGGUGGGCCUGCAGCCCUCAGCAAGCUACAGCUCCAGCAUGAGACAGAUGGCGACAGGGUUCCUGAGAGCUUCAGUGGCACCGCCAGGGGACUAGCGAAGCUAUUUGCUCAAAGCGGGGUUCCUCAAAACGGUGAAAGCGAGACGGGCUCUUCAUUAUCCCUUUACGGCAGCAACUCUCGUCUGAGCGACUCAGGCACGUCUGGCUACGAGUCUUGCUCUUCUGACGACCUCAGCGAGCGCGAACGGCGUCUCGAUGCCCUCAAGCGCCUUGCUGCUGAACUCGAGUCUACCUUGCACCCACACUCUCUGGCAUGGACCAACAUCAAGAAGACAAUUUUCACCGCUGAGAGCGAGCUCAGCAGCCUCCAGAAGAGGUGUCGGGAACUGCUCCUUAAAACUGCUGAACGAGUCGCUCCUUCUUCGGCCAGCGGUGCGCUGUGCUCCCGCUCCAGCAGACGCCGCGGCUCCGGAAACCAGUCGCGCAUUUGCAGAGGCAACAGAUCGUCGCCGAGCCGCGCAUCGAGGCUGGCAACACGCACUCCUAAGAACGGUUGGCUGUGGCGGGUAGUGCGCUUCGCUCUGCCCAUCCAGGCAGCUCUGCUCCUACUGCUCUGCGUGUCUUGUCUACUCGAGCCUUCAUGCUGUGAUACAUUCAAUAAUCUUAACUUGGACUUGGGACCACAAGUGCGCUUUGUUCAUGGGUUACCACCUGUCUAA